GAGGGAAAUAUGACUUCUAGGAUGGCUGUAAAUUGCUGCUGGAGAUUCUGGGCAGUUUGUAUGCUGACUUUUCCCAGCACUUUUUCUCUCCAGGAGGAACAACCCAGAGUAUUACUGGUAUCUUUUGAUGGAUUUCGAUGGGAUUACAUCAAUAGAGUGCCAGCUCCCCACUUCCAUUAUGUCAUGAAAAAUGGUGUUCAUGUGAAACGGGUCACUAAUGUGUUCAUUACAAAAACCUAUCCUAAUCAUUAUACAAUGGUGACUGGCCUUUAUGCAGAGAGCCAUGGCAUAGUUGCUAAUGAAAUGUAUGAUCCUAUCCUGAACAGAACAUUCUCUAUGAACCACAUGGACAUUUAUCAUGCACAGUUCUGGGAAGAGGCCUGUCCAAUAUGGGUCACAAACCAGAUGGAGGGACACAGAAGUGGAGCUGCUAUGUGGCCAGGAACGGAUGUAAGAAUACAUGGAGUCCUUCCUACACAUUAUAUGAUUUACAAUGAGUCUGUUUCAUUUGAAGAUCGAGUUUCCCAUCUUAUUGAUUGGUUUACAUCUGAAAACCCCAUCAACUUUGGUCUCUUGUAUUGGGAGCAGCCUGACGAAAUGGGGCAUAUAUUGGGCCCGGAAAAUCCACUUAUGCGAGUAGUCAUUAACGAGACUGAUGCCAAGCUGGGACAUCUUGUGUCGGAACUAAAGAAAGCAAAGUUAUGGGACACAGUGAAUAUCAUAAUCACAAGUGACCAUGGAAUGGCACAGUCUUCCUCCAAAAGGCUUAUAGAGCUUGACCAGUACGUGGAUAGAGAGUGGUAUACAAUGGUUGACCAUUCUCCUGUGGUCGCUAUUCUGCCAAAAGAAGGUAAACUGGAUGAAGUGUAUGAAUCAUUGGUGAACGCACAUCCCAACAUGACUGUUUAUAAAAAGGAGGAAAUUCCAACUAGAUUACAUUACAAACACAACAGCAGAAUUCAGCCAGUCUUGGCAGUGGCUGACAUAGGAUGGGAAAUCGUAAAAAAUAAGACCGACCCAUUUCUGUUGGGGAACCAUGGAUAUGACAACACCCUACCAGAAAUGCACCCGAUCUUCUUGGCCCAUGGUCCUGCUUUUCGGAAAAAUGCCACCAAAGAAGCCAUGAAUAUGACAGAUCUGUACCCCUUGUUGUGCCACCUGCUUGGUAUCAAUCCAUUGCCAAACAAUGGAUCGUUCAGCAACGUGGAAGAUAUACUUGCUAGACCAGUUCCAAGAGAGCUUCAUCCUAGAGAUUAUGAAAAAGAGUCCUAUGCUUAUUUUAUUGGAGUGUCUCUUGGGACCAUUCUCAUUAUUGUGUUUCUUGUAGUUUUUAUGAAGCACUUAACCCACAGCCAAAUACCUACCAUACACGUGCAGCACACUGAAAUUGCCCAGCCCUUACUCCAAGGCUAGUCUAGAGUGCAAUUACUGGCAGGUAAUAGUUCUGGAAUAAUGCUUCAGUGCUCUUCUAAGCUAUUGGGGGCUUUAAAGAGGCUUGUUGAAACACUCUAGAAAAGGAUCAGCAGAAAUACAAGCAAAGUAAAAUAAGAAAAUGAAUGCUGAUCUACUGGUGCACUACAGUAAAUAUGCACUGGAGAUAUAUAUAUAGGAAGAGCAUAUCUCUUUUGCAUUCUACAACCACUUGGUCCUUGAGGGGUUAAGAAUCUUUAGGAGAACAUACAAAGCUGUGUAUGUACGUGUUUAGUAAAUUAGACCUUUUAGAUGCCUCCUCUUGCAUUAACAAUUUUAGGGAAAUUACUUUAGAUGCACUUUAUAGAAUAUUAUGUAGGAACUUUACUGAUUUCCUGAAUUUAUCAGUGCUUUCUUUAAAUCCAAAAGGUAACCUAACUCUUUUUAAAGUAAAACUAAUGUAAGGGAUUCACAGUGGAAGGACUGGAGGAUUAAAUGUUAUAAAAAUUGCUUCUAAAGCACAAAUACCACUAGAAUACAGUGUAUUUAAAGCCUUGCAAUUUUAAACAUUCUGCUUUGAAUGACAGCAACUGAAAUAUUUGCCUGUAUUCCAAUAAGAAUUAUCUUGUAAUAACCGGUUUCUGAUUUUUGAACCUGUACAUCCCAUCCCUAAGAUACAUCUUGGGCUUCAGUUACUCUGUUCACUUUCCCAGCUCACUAGAAUAUUAAAAUCCUAAGCAAUGAGCAAAUACCUGGUGGCAGUAUAAUAAUGUACUAAAAUAUACUGGGUUAAAUUUGUCAACCCACUAAUGUUCUUUUAAAGGCUUUUAAAGACACUUCUAUUCAAAUGAGAGCAGAAGUGUGUGAGCAGGGCCAGCAGUGUAUUUUUAAUUUUCUAGAUGCAGAUCUCUUACAAAAAAGGGAAGUAUUAAACAUUUGCUGAUCAUCAAUGAGUGCAAUUCCAUUAACAUCACUGGGGUCACGCCUGUUUGUCAGGAGGUAAAUUAACCUGCUGUAACCAGUGUCUUGUUUGACACAUCCAGGUUUGACCUUGUAAAUUUAAUCUUUAGCAUUUUCCCUGGAUUGGGCUCCUAAAUUGUGGAAUAGAUUUGACUUUGAAAUAGACUUCUAAAGCAAAUCAUAUUCUUAGAAUCGGAGAAAAGCACUUGUAACCUCUACACAGGCAAGAGAUUAUGACUUUCAGAUGAAGGUGCUUCAUGUAAAACUGUAUUAACCCUUUGAGUUAAACUCAACAAAAAUAUCGUACAAGUAUGCCUUCUGUUUCAGCACCAAAACAAUUAGGCUUUCUUUUGCUUAUGCCUUUGGUUGCAGAGGCAACAGGGGAAAGCUGAGAAGUUUUUGGAGGAGACUUGUCAAAUGAGCAAAACUACAUUUAGUUUCCUCAGCAUUGCUGUAUGAAUUGAAAUUUUUCUUUAAGCCCCAUUAUUCAGCAUGGGGUAUAAUAUUGUGAAUGACUCUUCAGCUGGGCUAGCCAGCUAACGAGGCAGGUUUCACAUGAAAAUAUUUGGUGCUUCCAAUCCUUUCUCUGACAACCUAGUUUAUUCCUUUUCUUAAAGGACAGCAAAUGUAAUUUUGCCUUUUGCUGUUAACAGGGCUUUGGGGGAUCAUCUGCAAGUUUGGAUCUGCAUAACUUAAUGACUAGAUAAAGUAAGUUCUCCACGUAAUUGCAGUAUGCUAAUAAUGCAGAUUGGGGGACUGAUGCCAGACUUUUAUAAAUUGAAUAUAAAAAUCAAACACAAUGCUUCAUUUAGCAAACUGAAUUUACCAGCCUAAUGCAUUCUUGUUAAUUUUUUUUAGAUAGACUCUUCAGUGAGAUCACAUAGUAGAUUCCUGGUGCCUCUGAGCACUUUUAAGAGUUGAGAUUCUCUGGAAAGAAUAGAGUUUUGUAUGUUGUAAGUUAUGACAAGGUAUUAAUCCAGUGCCUACCAUUCAGAAGUAUUCUCUUGCAUUCUCAAAAGUAUUUCAUGAAUGAAGGAUCUUGAAAGCUGCUGUAGAGAAUCUAGUUGUGUGGUGCCUGUUGCUUAGGGCAGUAACAAGACCCUCCCAUUUUAUGGUGUAUUGUCAAUUUAAAUUGAGGACAGUUCUUUCUCUCCGAUUCAAAGGGUGGCUCUCACUCUUGAGUGGUUCCAGCAGAAGAGUUUGGCAAUUUCCUUACUCGUUAUUUUAAUCAGACCAAUAAUUCCUCCUUCAUGCAACACAUGUAGCAACAAAAUAAUCCUUGUCAGCUGUGACCAUAACUAAUCGCACUGUCAGAGCAGAGGUCUUCACUACUGACUCUACAUUUUGGUCUUCAGUUUGUAGCAAGCAGUCUUGUGGGCGACCCUGAAGGCUGGGAAUGUUUUCACGUAGGAAUUCUGACUAAGCUAAGGUUGGGGCAGAGAAGAAUCUGGGUUGGUAGAGACAUUGCUAAACUCGGCAUUGUGUAACUUAAUCUGACUUGGUUACUAACUUCUUUUGUAAUUUUCCCGGGGAAUUCAUCAUGGUCAAGAUGUGCGUUUGGUUAGCAGCUUAAGGAAAAAAAAUCCCUAACUGAUGUACUGGAAAGCUGACUGUUUCUGGACUACUCUACCAUAUAUCAUCUCAUACAUGUUUAACCAAAGUCAUCUUAACACUGAAAGCUGCAUUGAUGAAGGCAAAAGUUUUGUUCACAGUAGUGGUUAGAGUAGAUGAAUAAAAUUCAUUUACUAAACCUGUGACUACUACAGCCUGAACCUAAAGCCUGUAAAUUGCUUGAAUGCAUAUCUGUCAGACUCUUCCAGUAUGCAAGAUAGUACACUUCCACAUUCAGAGAAAUUGCUUCUCAGACACAUCCUCAAGAAAUGAGUGGUAAAUGGCUUGGUGGGAUAGCAGCUGGAAAAGUUCAGAUUUGAGAUGUGAGUCUUUGGUCUUGGUUUAUGUCACACAUUUUGCAGCCCAGCUGAAUUUCACUGUCAGAAUAAAGAUCUACAGACUGGCAAGCAUCCGCACUUCAGCAAGCCCUAGUUAGUUUCUGAUGAAUUGAGCAGGUGGGAUAGCGUAGUGUCGCUAUCCAUUUACAGCUGCUGCUUCACACUCUCCCUUGCUUUGAUGCCAUUAAAAAAAUGUGUGCAGUUAUUUCUGUUGCACAUCAUGGUACUGGAAUGAAAGUGGCUUUUUGGCAAACAGCAAAAUUAGCAAUUAGAUUGCAUGUUUAGUGAGCACUUUUUUUAUGGUAGUGGGUUAAAAGUGAAGGGAGCUUAUAAAUGCUUCAGGGUGAGGGGGAAGUUAAGAAUAUAAAUUCUGUUAACACAAGCACUUUUACCCUGAAUGUGCAUGCUCAGUCGCACAGCAAGGGACGAGUAACAAGUUCUCCCUAAAAGAUAUGUUUCCCUUUGGGAGAAAAUGGGGGUGGGAGGCCAGUGGCAGCUGAAGCUGCUUCUGUUGAAGAAUGCGGCACACUGCAAACAGCCAUAUGCUGAGGCACAGAACGUAAGUUUGUGUUUAGAUAUUGUACAUCUGUUUCAUAGUUAGUGCGCUUAACCUUUCUCCGUUAAGAAUAUUUGUAGGAAUAAGACCUAGUAUUAGCCUUUAUAAGUACUGGUGAUAUCUGUAAAAUUUGUAAACUUCGCUAAUCUUUAAGCACAGAAGUGAUACUGGUGGAAAAAUAUUGUUUAUUUCUCAGAGCUGUGAUGUGAAACCCUCUAGACUUUGUCCUCGUACUUGAUGGGGCAAGUUUGAUUUUGUUUACCUUUUUGGUACUCGAGAAUCGUGUGCGACUAAGUUAGCGGAAGCUGAAGUGAAUAUACGUACUGUGUGUUAACUCAGGCUGUGAGCUUGGGAUUGGGGCAUUUCAACACUUAAACUUUUGAUUGUUCGUACUGAAAUGUGAAAGUCUCUCUGAGCAGACGUCUAGAAUGUUUUGUUUUCCUAUUUGCAAAUGAAAAUAUUCAGAUAUUUUUAUAAUUGUUAGCAGUGCUACGGAGCAAUGAACAUGUGUGUUUAAAAACAGCUUUGGAAAGAAUGUGUUUGUUUUAUGAAAAGAUUAAAAGAUAUCUAUUUAAAUCA